AUGCCAGUGGAAUUUCAUUGGGGAGAUCCGGCGGAAAAGCUAUGCACUGAAGGCAGCAACUGGGAUGCAUGCGCUCCUGAGACUGGCCCAUUUUUGUCAGUGUUGAGGUGUCCCGUCACGGGGUAUCCAUCUACGAAGACGGCAAUGAACAGAGCAACUGAGUUGGCUGAACGUCUGAAACGCCCCAGUCCAUCCGGGAAACCAGCCUUCAAGCUUGAUUUUGUUCCACUUGCAUUUGGAGAUGCAAAAAAACUCCUUGUGAUUGCCUCCAUGACGUCUUCCUCCAUUCUUCGCAAAAAAACGGAUCAUAGACAAAUAUGA